UAAUUUUUUUUGUCUUCAGGGCUACUUUUUUAUGCUUUUAUUUCUGUUUCGGGUUGUUUUAUAUUUAUGUGUGACACAACCUUUCCACAAGUAUUCCUUAACUCUCUCACUCCAUUUGAGUACAUGAUCCUGGCCACCAUUAUUGCAAACUGCAUCGUGCUGGCCUUGGAGCAACACCUACCGGCCUCAGACAAAACACCGAUGUCAGAGCGUUUGGACGACACAGAGCCCUACUUUAUUGGAAUAUUUUGUUUUGAGGCUGGCAUCAAGAUCAUCGCUCUGGGCUUUGCCUUUCACAAAGGCUCCUACCUGCGUAAUGGCUGGAAUGUAAUGGACUUUGUGGUGGUCCUAACAGGGAUCCUGGCCACUGUGGGGGCAGAUUUUGAUCUACGAACGCUGCGGGCCGUGAGAGUACUACGACCACUCAAACUGGUCUCUGGCAUUCCAAGUCUUCAAGUAGUGUUGAAGUCCAUUAUGAAAGCCAUGGUACCUCUGCUGCAGAUCGGCCUGCUGCUCUUCUUCGCCAUCCUCAUGUUUGCCAUCAUUGGCCUGGACUUCUACAUGGGCAAGUUCCACCGCACCUGCUUCAGGAUCGACACGGGUGAGCAGGCAGCUGAUUUCCCCUGUGGUCUGGAGGCCCCGGCCAGGACCUGCGCUAACGGCACCGUCUGUAAGGAGUACUGGAUCGGACCCAGCUUCGGCAUCACCAACUUUGACAACAUCCUGUUUGCCGUUCUCACAGUGUUCCAGUGCAUCACCAUGGAGGGAUGGGUGGACAUCCUCUAUAACGCCAAUGAUGCCUCUGGAAACACGUGGAACUGGCUGUACUUCAUCCCCCUCAUCAUCAUCGGGUCCUUCUUCAUGCUCAACCUGGUCCUGGGUGUGCUGUCAGGGGAGUUUGCCAAGGAGAGAGAGCGGGUGGAGAAGAGGCAGGAGUUCCUGAAGCUCCGCAGACAGCAGCAGAUAGAGAGAGAGUUGACUGGGUACCUGGAGUGGAUCUGCAAAGCAGGUCGGGCACACACACACACACAGACACACACACACACACACACACACACACACACACACACACACACACACACACACACACAUAUAAAAAAUGCAGUUGGUUUUAACACGAGUAGCUCUGACUACUUUGAACUCAGGUGUUUUUGUGUUGCAGAGGAGGUGAUGCUGGCUGAGGAAGACAAGAACGCAGAGGAGAAAUCUCUGGAUGGAGCGUGGUACAAAAGGAAACAACACAACUCUGUGUUGAAACGGACCAAGAAGAGUAAGAACGACCUCAUCAAUGCAGAGGAAGGAGAGGACCACUUCACUGACAUCUCAUCUGUUGGCGAAGGGUCUCCGUUCACCCGGGCCAGCUUGAAGAGCCAAAAAGAGAACUCGUCCUACUUCAGGAGGAAAGAGAAGAGAAUCCGCUUCACCAUCCGCCGGCUGGUCAAGUCUCAGAGUUUCUACUGGACCGUUCUGUGUCUGGUUGGCCUGAACACGCUGUGUGUGGCCAUCGUACACUACGACCAGCCAGAUUGGCUCACAUAUGCACUAUACCUGGCCGAGUUUGUAUUCCUCGGCCUGUUCCUGGCAGAGAUGUCCAUGAAAAUGUACGGCCUUGGCCCCCAGAACUACUUCCACUCCUCCUUUAACUGCUUCGACUUUGGGGUGAUUAUUGGCAGUAUUUUUGAGGUGAUCUGGGCUGCUAUUAAACCCGGCGCUUCAUUUGGGAUCAGCGUCCUGCGGGCUCUGAGGCUGCUCAGGAUCUUCAAAGUCACCAAGUACUGGAACUCUCUGAGGAACCUGGUGGUAUCUCUGCUCAACUCCAUGAAGUCCAUCAUCAGCCUGCUGUUCCUCCUCUUCCUCUUCAUCGUGGUCUUCGCUCUUCUGGGCAUGCAGCUGUUCGGUGGCCAGUUUAAUUUUGAAGACGAAACGCCGACAACCAACUUUGACACCUUCCCUGCGGCGAUUCUCACCGUCUUCCAGAUCCUGACUGGGGAGGACUGGAACGCAGUCAUGUACCACGGGAUCGAAUCGCAGGGGGGCGUCCGUGGGGGGAUGUUCUCCUCCAUUUAUUUCAUUGUUCUUACUCUCUUUGGAAACUACACACUCCUCAACGUGUUCUUGGCCAUUGCUGUCGAUAACCUGGCUAAUGCCCAGGAGCUCACUAAGGAUGAAGAGGAGCAGGAGGAGGCCAUCAAUAAGAAGCUUGCCAUGCAAAAGGCCAAGGAGGUAAAGGAGGUCAGCCCCAUGUCGGUGGCUAACAUUUCCAUCACAGCGAGUUAUGUCUGCACCCCCGUCCAUCACUACCUGAGUAAGGAGCAGCAGAAGUCGAUGAAGACGAUGUCGGUGUGGGAGCAGAGGGCCAACCAGCUGAGGAGGCAGAACCAGGCGAGCUGUGAGGCGCUCUACAGCGAGCUGGAGCCUGAGGAGCGUCUCCGCCGGUCCUCCGCCCUCAACAUCCGGCCAGACAUGAAGACCCACCUGGACCGCCCGCUGGUUGUUGAACCUCUCGACGGGCCUUUGGUGGGGGGCCACCAGCACCACCAUCACAAACCGGGCAUGCCGGAAGACGCCGAGAAUGCUGCUGAUCCUCCUGCUGUGCACCACCAGUCUCGCCGCCACCACCGCCACAGAGACCGGGCCAGAAAGAGAGAGGAAGCCAACGAAAACGGGGACACCAGUAAGGACGGGGGGCACCACGUCCAUCACAGCCGCUCCAAAGACCACGAGUGUAGCAGAGGCAAAGAGGGGAAGAGCGAGAGGUCCCACAGCCGAGAGGGAGGCAGAAAGCAUCACCAUCAGAGCUCGAUGGACGACAGCGGAGGAGGAGGAGGUGAGAGGGAGCACCGUCAUCAUCACUCGCACCGUCAGGCCAAAGGGGGCAACGGGACUGUGAACGGUGGAGGGAGGGGGGAGCGCAGAUCGAGACACAAAGACGGACGCUCGUGUAACAGGGACGGGGAUAAGAAUCCCCGAGCAGAGAACGGAGAGAGGAGGAGACAUCGGACUCAUGGAUCCAGAGGUCAGUCCACAGCUGAAGGAGAGGAGUCCAACGAGAGAGAGAAGAACCACAAUCACAGGUUUGGAGACUCAGAGGGGGAGUCCCUCACCAUCUCCCCCCAGCAGGGCUCUGAUGGGACCAACCAGCCUCCUGACCAACCAGAGGACUCAGACAACCAGAAGAAUGUCAGACGGACUGGACAAUCCUCCAUCCACAUCCCUCCUGUCACCAUCACCUCCCCACCUGGAGAGACAACCGUCAUACAAAUGAACAGUAUGGACUGUGAGACGAUGCCAAUGACUGAGAGGAACGUGGAGGAUCAAGGUCCAAGUGGACCAAAACCCAUCCUGCCUUACAGCUCCAUGUUUGUCUUUGGACAGACCAACCCGGUGAGGCGUCUAUGUCACUACAUAGUGACUCUGCGUUAUUUUGAGAUGUCCAUCCUGGUCGUCAUUGCAAUGAGCAGCAUCGCUCUGGCAGCAGAGGACCCUGUGUGGACCAACGCCCCUCGCAACAAUGUGCUCAAAUAUCUGGAUUAUGCCUUCACUGGUGUUUUCACUUUUGAAAUGGUGAUCAAGAUGGUGGACCUCGGCCUGCUGCUUCAUCCUGGAGCUUACUUCAGAGACCUGUGGAACAUCCUGGACUUCAUAGUGGUCAGUGGGGCGCUGGUGGCUUUUGCAUUUUCUGUGUUUAUUGACCUGAUCCUCUCCCUGUCUCUGUGCCCGGAUCGUUUUGAAGGAGCUUCAUGGGUACAUAACUGUGUUUGUGUGUGUUCUCUAACUGUGUCUGCUCUCCACAGGGGGACCAAAGGCAAAGACAUCAGCACCAUCAAGUCUCUGAGGGUUCUCCGUGUCCUCCGGCCUCUCAAGACCAUCAAACGUCUGCCCAAACUCAAGGCCGUCUUCGACUGUGUGGUCAACUCUCUGAAGAACGUGCUGAACAUCCUCAUCGUCUACAUCCUCUUCAUGUUCAUCUUCGCCGUCAUUGCUGUUCAGCUCUUCAAGGGGAAGUUCUUCUACUGCACCGACGAGUCCAAGGGUCUGGAGAAGGACUGCAAAGGACAGUUCCUGGACUAUGACAAAGACGAGGUGGCGUCCAUGCCCAGAGAGUGGAGGAAAUAUGAGUUCCAUUAUGACAACGUGCUGUGGGCCUUCCUGACGCUCUUCACCGUCUCCACCGGGGAGGGCUGGCCAACAGUUUUGAAGCACUCUGUGGACGCCACCUUUGAAGACAAGGGUCCCAGUCCAGGCUACCGGAUAGAGAUGUCAAUCUUCUAUGUGGUCUACUUUGUGGUCUUCCCUUUCUUCUUCGUCAACAUCUUCGUCGCUCUGAUCAUCAUCACCUUCCAGGAGCAGGGAGACAAGGCGAUGUCUGAGUGCAGCUUGGAAAAGAACGAGAGGGCUUGUAUCGACUUUGCCAUAAACGCCAAACCUCUGACGCGCUACAUGCCCGAGAACACGCAGUCCUUCCAGUACAGGAUGUGGAAGUUUGUAGUCUCACCUCCGUUUGAGUACUCCAUCAUGAUCAUGAUCGCUCUCAACACUGUAGUCCUAAUGAUGAAGUUUCAUGGAGCUCCAGACUUCUAUGAAACGAUGCUGAAAAACCUCAACAUAGUCUUCACCACUCUCUUCUCUCUGGAGUGUAUCCUCAAGAUUAUAGCUUUUGGUCCAUUGAACUACCUGAAGGACGCCUGGAACGUGUUUGACUUUGUGACUGUGUUGGGCAGCAUCACUGACAUCCUGGUGACUGAAAUCAAUGACCGACUGCUGAACCUGAGCUUCCUGAGGUUGUUCAGAGCCGCUCGGCUCAUCAAGCUGCUGAGGCAGGGCUACACCAUCCGCAUCCUGCUGUGGACCUUCGUCCAGUCCUUUAAGGCCCUACCUUAUGUCUGCCUGCUGAUUGCUAUGCUGUUCUUCAUCUAUGCCAUCAUUGGGAUGCAGGUGUUUGGCAACAUUGAGCUGAAUGAAGACACAGCAAUCAAUCACCACAACAACUUCCGCACUUUCCUCCAAGCUCUCAUGCUGCUGUUCAGGAGUGCAACUGGCGAGGCCUGGCAUGAGAUCAUGUUAUCGUGUUUGAGUCAUCGAGUCUGUGACGAGAAGUCGGGGUCCCAGGGGAAACAGUGUGGAAGUGAUUUUGCCUACUUCUACUUUGUCUCCUUUAUCUUCCUCUGCUCCUUCCUGAUGCUGAACCUGUUUGUGGCUGUCAUAAUGGAUAACUUUGAGUACCUAACCAGAGACUCCUCCAUCCUGGGGCCUCAUCACCUCGAUGAGUUCAUCCGGGUUUGGGCUGAGUACGACCCAGCUGCAUGCGGACGGAUUUCCUAUAAGGAUAUGUACAAUUUGUUACGAAUUAUCUCACCCCCCCUUGGCUUAGGGAAGAACUGCCCUAAUAGGGUAGCAUACAAGCGCCUCGUCAAAAUGAACAUGCCGAUCGCUGAGGACACCACGGUCCACUUCACCUCCACCCUGAUGGCCCUGAUCCGCACCGCCCUGGAGAUCAAACUGGCUUCAGGCAUGCUUGCUCAGCGGUUAUCUGACGAGGAGUUAAAGAAGGAGCUGUCCACAGUGUGGCCCAGCCUCUCUCAGAAGACCAUGGACCUGCUGGUGACGCCACAUAAACCCAAUGAGCUGACAGUGGGGAAGGUUUAUGCGGCUCUCAUGAUCUUUGAUUACUACAAGCAGAACCGAGCAAAGAGGCUGCAGCUGCUGCAGCAGCAGCAACAACAGGGCAUGUCAGGCUCCCAGCAUGGUGCCAUCCGUCUCUCCUCCACAGUGCAAGGUCGGGGCUCUGUUUAA